CAGCUCUAAUUGCUUGUGAUUGUAUUGGAAUCAUUUCGCAUGAAACACGUACUCAUUUCAAUAAUGACUCUACGUUUAUCUAAUAUUAUGACCAUUUUGGUCAUCAUUUCUAUUGUUCAUUCAAUGAUUAUCAUCAGUUCAUCAGCAUCAAUCAUUUCGUACAAACGACGGGUCCGAAUGACCAAUCAACCAGCAACACCGUUAGCUGAAUCAAUUAAAAAUGUAUUGGAACGAUCGGAAAAAAUGUUGACCGAUUCAUCAUGUAAUGGUGGUCAUCAUGCUGAAACGGCACCCGAAAGUGAAAAUAAUAAACAAACAUUCUGGAGAAUGAUCUUAUCGGAUGAACGAGCAUAUUUAAAAUCAUUAACGAAACGAUUGAAAUCUUUAGCCGAACAUGUGGACAAUCCGUUCUUGCAACAAUCAGCUCAAUUCAGUAUGGAUGAAAUGGAAUCGAUGAUGAAAUUUUUUCCAUUCCUUUGUGAUCUAAUCGGUGGUGAUGAAGACGAUGAUGAUAGCUAUUAUGUAGGCAUUUCUGGAUUAAGUGAUGUAAUCGAUGAAAUUGUUGAUGUAGCCCAGAUCGAAGCAACUUUUUUACUGCGUGAAAAUCGAAAACCUGAAUCUGAUCAGAUUUAUGAUAGAUCCAAAUUUUUACGUGAUCGUCUACAAGAUUUGCAAUCAAAAAGAAUAACUGAUAACCCACAAGAUGUUUAUAAUCAAAUCAAAAUAGUUUUUACUGAAAUGGCCAAAUUUGAACAUUUCAUGUUGGAUUCUCAAAAACGUUUCAGUGUUAAUUAUGCUAAUGUUAUUAAUUAUAAUUAUUAGUUUUCUGAAUUUGACAUUCAAUUGAAAAUUUUCGAUUAAAAUUUGAAUAUUUUUUCUAUCAAAAAAAAAAAAAAAAAAAAUUCCGAUCAUUGCUGCCAUCUAAUGAUGAUUACCUUGAAACAAUAAAUCGAAACCACAUGAUUGCUAA